AUGGCCUUUCUGUUUUCAAAGCCUGCCGACACGCCAGGCUCGGCGGUUCCUGCCGUGAUAAUCGGCAUGUUUGUUGCAUUUGGUGGAGUGCUGUUCGGCUAUGAUACUGGUACCAUCGGAGGGAUCCUCGCGAUGAAAUACUGGAGGAAUCUGUUCUCAACGGGAUAUGUAAACCCCAAGGACAAUUACAGAGACGUUACGGCCAGCCAGACGUCCGAGAUCGUCUCCAUCCUUUCUGCUGGCACUUUCUUUGGCGCUCUAUUCAGUGCCCCAAUUGCAGAUUUCAUGGGCCGUCGGCUUGCCAUGAUUUUCAACACUGGUGUCUUUACAUUCGGCGUUAUCCUCCAGACUGCCGCCACUGCCAUCCCUAUGUUCGUUGCUGGACGCUUUUUUGCUGGUCUCGGGGUUGGGCUUCUGAGCGCUACUAUCCCCCUUUAUCAAUCCGAAACAGCUCCGAAAUGGAUCAGAGGUGCCAUUGUUGGUUGCUAUCAGUGGGCCAUCACCAUAGGGCUUUUCCUGGCCGCCAUUGUGCUCAACUCAACCAAAAAUCGCCAGGACACUGGAUCCUACAGAAUUCCCAUUGCUGUCCAGUUUGCAUGGGCCAUUAUAUUGGUGGUUGGCAUGCUCUUGCUCCCUGAGACACCUCGUUUCCUCAUCAAGAAGGGCAACCAGACCAAGGCGGCAAGGUCUCUUUCACGUCUUCGCCGACUUCCUGUCGACCACCCGGCUGUGGUUGAUGAGCUCGCCGAGAUCCAAGCAAACCACGAGUACGAAAUGGCUAUUGGUACUGCUUCCUACCUUGCGUGUUUCAAAGCUCCGAUCAGAAAGCGACUCUUUACAGGCAUGGCGCUUCAGGCUUUGCAGCAAUUGACCGGGGUCAACUUCAUCUUCUACUACGGUACUACUUAUUUCACCAGUGCUGGCAUUAAGAAUCCCUUCAUCAUCUCUGUCAUUACGGACGUUGUCAAUGUCUCGAGCACCGUUCCCGGGCUUUGGUUGGUCGAACGAUGGGGAAGACGACCCCUUCUACUGUUCGGCGCCAUCGGCAUGUCCGUUUGCCAGCUUAUCGUUGCAAGCGUGGGGACCGCCAGACCUGGAGAACCGGCCGCCAGCAAUGCCUUGAUCGCCUUCGUCUGCAUCUACAUCUUCUUUUUCGCUUGCUCUUGGGGCCCUUGCGCAUGGGUAGUCACUGGUGAAAUAUUUCCACUGAAGGCACGAGCAAAGGGCUUGUCGAUGACAACCGCCUCCAACUGGCUGCUAAACUGGGCCAUUGCCUAUGCUACUCCCUAUAUGGUUAACCCAGGUCCAGGAAAUGCCAAUCUGGGUUCCAAGGUCUUCUUUGUUUGGGGUGGCUUCUGCUGCAUCUGUAUGGCCUUCGUCUAUUUCUGCAUCUACGAGACCAAGGGCUUGUCGCUCGAACAAGUCGAUGAGCUCUACGCCAAGGUCAGCUCUGCCAGGAAAUCGCCUGGGUUUGUCCCGUCUGUGCAGUUCACAGAAAUCGGAGCCGAGUUCAAGGAGGAGGGUACCACCCAUGCCCGACGAAGCACCUUGGCUGACCUGGAAUUGGCCGCGGCGCGUCGUAGGAGCUCUGCAGGAGUUGUCCGAGAAGACUACAUCAAGUCCUGAAGUGGGCCUCAAUCACCCCGUUUGCCCAAAGGCUUGGAAACUACUAUGACUUUGGGGCACGAUCGUUCUGGACGGGGUGAAUCAGGGUCUGGGAAAUGUUUACGUGGAUUGGGGAGCUACAGAUUGCAAAGGGCUUUCGGAGGCAUGGGGACAUCGAGACUGAACUUUGUUGGUU